CCUUGCGCAAACCUAAAAUCCCUCGAUCUUAUAUUAUUUGCCCUUAUCGUUCAUGAUGAUCCUCGACAGUCCACCUCCAUCUUUCUCAACCCUCUCUCUGACGGUUAAUGACCAUCCCCUCAAGCUCUCUACCCUUUAUCGCCCCGGACCCAAACCUGCUAUACUCUUCCUACAUGGCUUCGGCUCUUGCAAAGAAGAUCUCCACGAUCUGGUCUACCUCCCAUCAUUACGAGACCACACCUUGAUCGCCUACGAUGCCCCCGGCUGCGGUGCCUCUGAAUACUAUGGUCCCAGCAGCGACCUGACCAUCUCCUUCCUCGUGGCCACAGCCCAAGCCGUGCUCAAGCAAUUCCAUAUCACCUCCUUCUACCUAAUGGGACACUCCACCGGCGCCCUAACAGGCCUCAUGCUCGCCGCCUCUCUACCCCCAACACAAUACCAACUACUCGCCUUCAUCAACAUCGAAGGCACCCUCUCCCCAGAGAACUGUUUCUUCACCCGCUCUCUCUACACCGACCUCGUUAAAUCCUCCCCCUCCUCUAGCCCCGAGGACGACCUCCAGAAACUCAUCGCCCACGCCCACUCCACCCCAGGCUACUCACACGCUCUGUACGCUUCAUUACUGCCCUCCCGCGUGCGGCCCGAAGCCGUCCGCCCCCUCGUCACCUCCGCCGUCGAGCUCUCAUGGAAGAACCUCCUAGGUCGCUUCCUCCGAUUAUCCUGCCCGCUCAUGUACAUGUUCGGAGACCAGAACCGCGAAGUGUCAUUUCUGAGUCAAUUAGAGAUGAAGGGGGUUGAGUUGGCGCAAAUCCCCACAAGCGGGCACUUCCCCAUGUACUCCAACCCGGCGAAGAUGUUACGACGCAUCGAGGGGUUUUUCCGGGACUGUACUUACGCUGGGAGUAGCAGUAGUGGCAGUGGUGGGAGUUUCUAGGGUGCAGCAGAUUUUCACUCAACGCUCGAUUUGAUUCGAUUAGUUAGAUACCUCGUUACGAUGUCUCAUGAUCACUUACAUACCAUUUAGAC